CUCUGCCCCUCUUCCCCACUCACUCUCUCGUUCGAAAAACUAAAAAAGGAAAUGAAUCAUGUUAACUUUUUGAAAAAUGUCACCUUUUUGAUGAGAUUAUACAUGCAUGUCGCACAAAAUUCAAAAGCUACACAAUUACAGAUGAUUGUUAACUAAACUCACUGUAAUCAUUUCACUGUAUCCGUGGCUCAGGCCUUUAGGCCCUACACCUGCAACUCCUACAGUGCCGUCGACCAAACUGGGGGGCGGAAGGAAAGCUACAAACUGGUACAAUGUGAAUAAUUUAAUACCUUCUUCCCGGUCACGCAGUUAAUUACGCCCCUUGGAGCAACUCCAGUCACCAGACUAUCGCCUUGUCUAGAACGGUUGCAGUUUCCUUGACUUUCUAGCAAUGCCUUCUCUGAUAUUACACCAGCUGCAACACGGUCGCUAUAGACCAGCAGACAACAGGCGAAAGGGUGAAGCACAGAACUUAUAAAGAAAAACCCCUUCUUGAACCAGGGCAACUUGGACAUUAUUUUUGUGGGCAGCUGGUUAGCUCGGAAAAGACCAGCCGUCGCGGGGCAGAAGGCAGCGGGUUCCGAGCCAUCCGGGGGCACACGCGGCCGUCACUCAGCUGCCAACUCCGACGCUUCCCGAUGCAGACAAAGGGCCGGACCGGGGACAAAGGGUCGCGGCCGCGCCUGCGCACAGCGUCCCCCCGGGGGCGUGGCCUCGCGCCUCGCCCCCGCCCCCUGGCGCUGCGCGCUCACGUCACGGUGGCGUCACGGCGGAGUUGCCAUGGCGGCGCUGAGCAGCCUGGCGUCGGCGCUGGAGUCUUACAGGGGCCGCGACCGCCUGGAGGAAGACUUCUUUGUCCGUGGCGUAUCCGUCCUGGGCAACCUGGCGGAUCAGCUCUACUACCCCUGUGAGCACAUCGCCUGGGCUGCCGAUGCCAAGAUCCUCCGUGCGGACUCUGCCCGGUGGUGGACACUGAGCACGGCCUUCUGGGGCCUCUCCCUGCUGCUGGGCAUCGCCAGGCAAGUGGUGUUAGCACGCGCCGGCAGGCUGUAUGGGUGCCCCGAGACCUGGGCCGGUGGGCAGACAGGCUGGAGGUGCAGGGUCUUGGCCUCUUCCCACAGUCCUCCUCUUGUUGCCCCCUCCCUGGAUCCAUCCAACGGCCGCCCUAACGGAUGCCCACAAAGCCGGUGGCUUCAAACGUCACACGCUGACUGUCUCGCCGUGCUGGAGGGCGGACGUCCAGUAGGGACUCCCCGGGCUAGAAAUCGGGAGGCUGCAGGGGACAAUUUGUUCCUGCCUUUUCCGGCUUCUGGAGGCCACUGCCCUGCUCGGCUCGUGGCCCCUCCUUCCAUCUCAGAGCCUGUGCCUCCAGCCUGUGUCCCUUGUCACAUCUUCUCUAACUCCAACCCCGUGCGUCCUUCUUCUGGGUGUCAUCCCAGGGCCACCUCGGUCACCUCCCAUUUCAAACCCUUAACUCGGUCACAUCUGCAGAGUUUUUUAGCAUGUAAGGGAGCACACUCACAGGUCCUGGGGACUAGGAUGUGGACAUGUUUGGCACGUGCGUGAUUGUUCCCGCCGGAGCCAGGAAGAAUAAGUCCAGGCCUGGACCCGGUCUCUCCGUGUGCGUGGUCAUCGGCGCACAUCCCCGGACAAAACAGCCAGGGGUUUCCUGUCUGGCUGUGUGCUUCUGAAACCCGUGUCGUUUCUAGAACUGUGAAAGAAUGGUUUCCUCCCAAACAUUUUCCUCUCUACAGAGAGUUUGCUGAGUGGGUUUGUUGAGAGUCCCCUGCCCAGAAAACACAGGCAGAGCGUUCCCCCCCCCCCCCCCGCCCCGCCCCAUACUGGCGUUUCCCGGCAGAUGGGAAUGCCCCUCU